AUGGACUUGGACGUGGACAUGGACGUGGACGUGGACGUGGACAUGGACGUGGACGUGGACAUGGACGUGGACGUGGACAUGGACGUGGACGUGGACGUGGACGUGGACGUGGACGUGGACAUGGACGUGGACGUGGACAUGGACGUGGACGUGGACGUGGACAUGGACGUAGACGUGGACGUGGACGUGGACGUGGACAUGGACGUGGACGUGGACGUGGACGUGGAGGACGUGGACGUGGACGUGGAGGACGUGGACGUCGACGUGGACGUGGACGUGGAGAACUUGGACGUGGACAUGGACGACGUGGACGUGGAGGACGUGGACGUGGACGUGGACGUGGACGUGGACGUGGACGUGGACGUGGAGAACGUGGACGUGGACAUGGACGUGGACGUGGACGUGGACGUGGACGUGGACGUGGAGGACUUGGACGUGGACAUGGACGUGGACAUGGACAUGGACGUGGACGUGGACAUGGACGUGGACGUGGACGUGGACGUGGACGUGGAGGUGGACAUGGACGUGGACAUGGACGUGGACGUGGAGGUGGACGUGGACGUGGAGGUGGACGUGGACGUGGAGGUGGACGUGGACGUGGACGUGGACGUGGACGUGGACGUGGACGUGGACAUGGACGUCGACAUGGACGUGGACGUGGAGGUGGACGUGGACGUGGAGGUGGACGUGGACGUGGAGGUGGACGUGGAGGUGGACGUCGAGGUGGACGUGGACAUGGACGUGGAGGUGGACGUGGAGGUGGACGUGGAGGUGGACGUGGAGGUGGACGUGGAGGUGGAGGUGGACGUGGACGUGGACGUGGACGUGGACGUGGACGUAGACGUGGACGUGGAGGUGGACGUGGAGGUGGACGUGGAGGUGGACGUGGAGGUGGACGUGGAGGUGGAGGUGGAGGUGGACGUGGAGGUGGACGUGGAGGUGGAGGUGGAGGUGGAGGUGGACGUGGAGGUGGACGUGGAGGUGGACGUGGACGUGGACGUGGAGGUGGACGUGGAGGUGGACGUGGAGGUGGACGUGGAGGUGGACGUGGACGUGGACGUGGACGUGGACGUGGACGUGGACGUGGACAUGGAGGUGGACGUGGAGGUGGACGUGGAGGUGGACGUGGACGUGGACGUGGACGUGGACGUGGACGUGGAGGUGGAGGUGGACGUGGACGUGGACGUGGACGUGGACGUGGAGGUGGACGUGGACGUGGACGUGGACGUGGACGUGGACGUGGACGUGGACGUGGACGUGGACGGUGGACGUGGAGACGUGGACGUGAACAUGGACGUGGACAUGGACGUGGACAUGGACGUGGACGUUGACGUGGACAUGGACGUGGACGUAGACAUGGACGUGGACAUGGACGUGGACAUGGACGUGGACAUGGACAUGGACGUGGACAUGGACGUGGACAUGGACGUGGACAUGGACGUGGACAUGGACGUGGACGUGGACGUGGGCGUGGACGUGGACGUGGACGUGGACGUGGAGAUGGACGUGGACGUGGACGUGGAGGACUUGGACGUGGAGAUGGACGUUGACGUGGACGUGGACGUAGACGUGGACAUGGACGUAGACGUGGACAUGGACGUGGACGUGGACGUGGACAUGGACGUGGACAUGUACGUGGACGUCGACGUGGAAGUGGACGUGGACGUGGAGAACUUGGACGUGGACAUGGACGUGGACAUCGACGUGGACGUGGACGUGGACGAAGACAUGGUCGUGGACGUGGACGUGGACGUGGACGUGGACAUGGACAAGGACUUAGACGUGGACGUGGACGUGGACGUGGACGUGGACGUGGUCGUGGACGUGGACGUGGUCUUGGACAUGGACGUCGACGUGGACAUGGACGUGGACAUGGACGUGGACGUGGACGUGGACGUGGACAUGGAUGUGGACGUGGACGUGGACGUGGACCUGGACGUGGACCAGGUCGUGGACAUGGACGUGGACGUGGACGUGGACCUGGACCUGGACGUGGACGUGGACGUGGACAUGGACGUGGACAUGGACGUGGACAUGGACGUGGACGUGGACGUGGACGUGGACGUGGACGUGGACUGGGACGUGGACGUGGACGUGGAGUGGACGUGGACGUGGAUGUGGACGUGGACGUGA